AUGUCUCUGGUACUUUUCACAAUUUGUCUUAUAUCCCAGAUGCAUGGAAGUGAGGCUGUUGGUGGGCAAUGUAAAACUUCAGAGAGAUCAGUUCCUGGUAAAGCUCUCAAGGGUCACACCUUCAAAGAGUUUGCAGCGAGGGCAAUUAUUGAGUGCCAGAACACCUGUGAAAGAGACCCCAGGUGUGCGAGUUACAAUUUUUACAUUCCGGGCAAAGUGUGCGAGCUUAACAGCCAUACCAAGGAGGAGAAACCUGAUCAUUUUGUGACGGAUGAACUGAAAUUCUACAUGAAACGUGAAGGUAUGAAAUAUAUAAAACUUUGUAUACCAAACACACCCUCAAUUGAUUUCCUCGAAUCUCCUUAUUAGUUUGUCUAGCUGGUAGGACAAAACUUUAGUGCAACACCGGGCGGACUUUCUCGAGGUUUUGAAGGAUACGUAUUUCUGGUAUGUUAUUUCCAAAAGGAAACGAGUUAGAUUAGUCAUGAGUCAAAUACAUGCUGUCAGUAGCAUGUCAAAAGAAAGUCGUCCUUAUAUUGAUAGUCUGAAGAGGGCGUGCUUGAUUAAGAAAUUACUCACAUUUUCCUUAUGCUGUCUGUUUUAUAUCAUUAGAUGAAGAUGAGUGCUUGAAGACGCCUCCAGUUUGUGACGUCAACGCAAACUGCAAGAACACGCUUAGCUCCUACCUUUGUUCUUGUAAAGAGGGUUUUAUGGGUGGCGGUAAUACAUGCCAAGGUAAAACGAUCAGGAAAACAUGGAUUGAACGAAAACGUUAGUGACAAGUAUGAUCUUUUUAGUGCUACUAUUUGAGAUGGUUUGCAUCACCUUUUUGUUCUCUGUUGUUUUGUCUUCAACAAAUUGGCCAUAAUUGAGACAAGUGGGACUUCGUUUUUCGCGGGCUGCACACUUUACAAAAUAGGCGGUCAUUUGUCUAAAGUAAAUAAAUCGUUAUCACAAUCUCUGUUUCAUCGUUAUUUCAGACAUUGACGAAUGUGCAGCUGGGACUCAUAACUGCAGUAGCCACGCCGAGUGUAAUAACACCAAAGGAAGCUUUAACUGUACAUGUAAGACGGGCUUCACUGGAGAUGGUCAAAACUGCUCAGGUGAUUAUUGA